ACUGUGCUGAAGGAGGGGAACCUGCUGAAACAGACGAGCUCGUUCCAGCGCUGGAAGCGGCGAUACUUCAAGCUGAGAGGGAGGACACUGUACUACGCUCAGACCGCCAAGUCCAUCAUCUUUGACGAAGUCGACCUGACGGACGCCAGCGUGGCCGAGUCCAGCACCAAAAACGUCAACAACAGCUUCACCGUGAGUCUUAAUAAUAAUGGAUUGGAUUUAUAUAGCGCUUUUCAAGGCACCCAAAGCGCUUUACAAUGCCACUAUUCAGUCACUCUCACAUUCAUACACUGGUGAAGGCAAGCUACAGUUGUAGCUACAGCUGCCCUGGGGCAGACUGACAGAAGCGAGGCUGCCAUAUCGUGCCAUCGGCCCCUCUGGCCAAACCUGCAGCAGCACGGCCAGGUUCAUCCACCGCUGAAAAUAGUCCCCACACAGGCCGCUGUUCCUGCUCUGUGUGGUUACACUACAGGAAGUGACCUCAGGAUAGAUUCCUGUUUAAUUCACAUUCUGUCUAAUCAGCUGAUCAGUGACUGGAAGCAGGCGUGGCUGAGUUACGUCUGUCACUCAUUGUGUGUCUGUGUGUGUGUGUGUGUGUGUGUGU